AAUGCAUAAAGUGCUGAGAUGGAGUCGAUAGGGUUGACGAUGGUGCUUAUAGUGUUAUCAUUGGGAGCUGGGUUGUGCGAUGGUUGCUUAGAGGAAGAAAGAUUGGCUCUCUUCCAACUCAAACCUUUCUUCCAUUUCAUUGAUCACAGGGUUCAAUAUCUAAAUUAUGAUGACUCGGUGGAGGAAAGAGAAAGUUCAUCAGAUUGUUGUGAGUGGGAAAGGGUUGUGUGCAAUCCGACUAGUGGACGAGUCACUCAUCUUUCUCUUGAUGUUCCAUAUGUAGAAACCUCCUAUGAUUUAGUUGAUAUUGUUGAGUACAACUACAUGGGGAGUCAGGAGGAGAACUAUUGGUAUCUCAACGCCUCUUUGUUUCUUCCUUUUGAGGAAUUACAAAAUCUUUCUUUACGUGGAAAUUCCGUAGUCGGUUGCAUUGCUAAUCAAGGUUUUGAAAGGUUCUUAUCAAGAUUGAACAAGUUGCAGAUUCUUGACUUAAGUGAAAACUAUUUCAACAAUAGCAUUUUGGCAUCCUUAAGUGGACUUUCAUCACUCAAUUCGUUAAACCUAGCAAACAAUAAAUUCACAGGAUCAAAUUCUACUUACGGUAUUAAGAUAUUAUCAAAGCUGAACAAUUUGGAGACUUUGGAUUUAUCUUUCAACAAUUUAGGAAAUAACAUUCUACAACAAUUAAAUGAUUUUACCUCUUUAAAAUCAUUGCGUUUGCAGAAUUGUGGAUUAAAAGGAAUUGUUGAUAUGCUAGAAAUCAAUAAUUUGAUGAACUUGAAGCAGUUGCAUUUAGGGGGAAAUGAAAUUAAGAGCCUUGUGUCUUCAUUCCAUGAAAAAGUACGAAUGAAGUUGAACAAACUCGAGGUGCUUGAUUUAAGUCGUAAUGACUUUAGCAACAACAUAUUUUCAUCCCUUACCGCGUUCUCAAAUUUGAAGUCUUUGGAUUUAUCCGCUAACAACUUGAAGGGUCCAAUAUAUGCAAAAGAUUUAAAUGCUCUCAGCAAUUUAGAGGAGCUGACCUUAUCCAGAAAUGAAGUGAAUGAAUUUACUCCAUUGCAAGGACUAAGGCUAAUGAAAUUGAAAGCUGUUGAUUUGAGUGGUAAUUUUUUCAACAAUAGUAUAUUGUCAUCUCUUGCCACACUUUCAAAUUUAAAGACUUUGAGGAUAGAAAACUCCAACUUCAAAGGAUUACUAGAUGUUAAAGAAUUAUAUGAUUUGAGCAAUUUGGAGGAGCUGUAUCUGGCCUGUGAUAUAGAUAAUAAUUGUAGCCUUUCACUACAGUCAUUGGGUCUAUUUCCGACAUUGAAGAUUCUUUCUCUAUCUGGAUUUAGUUUUAAUGAAACUACAGCGGCUUCUCAUUCCCACAUUAAUAACUCUGUUAGAGUGGAAUUUACUUCUUUGAAGCGUCUAGUGUUGAGUUAUUGUGAGUUCAAUCAAAAACUCACCCCACAAGAAGGAUUAAAUUUGAGAAGUUUGGAAGAGUUGGAGUUGGAUGAAUCAUCUUUACCUUCAAACUUUAUUCGAGUUUUUGGACCACUCAUUUCUCUUAAGAAAUUGAUCGCUCAUCGUAUUGAUGGUAACGAUACUCUGCCUAUAAAUGAUUUAUGUGAAAUGAAAAAUCUCCAAGAGUUGGACAUCACUGGCAAUAAUCUAAGGGGAAGCUUACCCAUGUGUUUCCACAACCUCACGUCCCUUAAAAGUUUAUCUCUCUCUUUCAAUCAGUUUUCCGGAAAUAUAUCUGUCCUUAAGAACCUAACAUUACUUGAAUCUUUGGACCUCUCUUCUAAUCAAUUUUCUGGAAAUAUAUCUGCCCUUGAAAGUCUAACAUCCCUCCGAUGGUUGGACAUUUCAAACAAUGAAUUUCACAUCCCAAGCUCAUUAGGACCCUUGUUCAACCUUUCAAGACUCAAGUUUAUCAGAGGAGACAACAACAACAUACAUGCCGAUGAUCAUGAGAUGCUCAAUUCUUUGGCCCCAAGGUUCCAGUUGAUUUACAUCAGUUUAUCUUGUUGUGGAAGUGGUGGGUCAUUUCCACAUUUCUUUUACCAUCAAAGUGACUUACAGGGUGUUACUCUCUCAGACAUACAUUUCUUCAAGGUGGAUCAAUUCCCUUUUUGGUUGUUGGAAAACAACACGAAGCUAGAGUUACUGCAUCUCGUGAAUUGCUCUCUAUUAGGGCCUUUUCAACUGCCAUCGCGUGCGCAUUUGGCUUUAUCGAAUUUGGAUAUCUCCAACAAUGCCUUUGGUGGCAACAUUCCAGAAAGAAUUGGAGCACAUCUACCAUUGUUGAAGACUCUGAACAUGUCACAAAAUUAUUUCAGUGGUAGCAUUCCCUCUUCAUUUGGUGAUAUGAGUUCACUGCAAGGUUUGGACUUAUCAAACAACCAUUUGUCUGGAGGGAUACCUGAGCACAUGGCUACGGGCUGCUCCUUAUUAGAGUUCCUUGCAUUAUCAAAUAACACAUUGCAAGGAGUUAUUUUCUCUGGAAAUUUUAGCCUAAUGAGCCUCUCUGAGGUACGAUUAGAUGGAAAUAACUUCACUGGGGUGAUCCCUAAUGUAUUGGCUAACUGCUCUGAUUUGUAUUUACUUGAUCUUAGCAAUAACUAUCUCUUCGGUGAGAUACCAAGUUGGAUUGGGAAUAUGUCAAGGUUGAUAGCAUUGGAUGUGAGCAGAAACCUACUCUUUGGUAGGUUUCCACAAUGGAGGGGAAAUGCUUUACCUUUGGAACAACUUGCCAUGGCAGAUAAUCAACUUGAAGGUUCAAUACCAAGGGCGAUUUGCAAUCUCAAUGAAGGACUUAUAUUUUUGGACCUUUCCAUGAACAAUUUCUCUGGGACUCUACCAUCUUGCUUCAAGCCUGUAUCGCUAAGGGAAGUUCAUUUAUCUAGAAAUAUGCUACAAGGACCAUUACCGAAUGCUUUUCGUGAUAGCUCUUCGUUGGUGACAUUGGAUCUCAGCUAUAACCACUUUAAAGGUAACAUUCCAAAUUGGAUUGGAAACCUUUCUGAAUUGAGUUAUCUUCUCCUAAAGAGAAACCACUUUAAGGGAGAAAUUCCAAUUCAAUUAUGCAAUUUGGAUCGUUUAAGCUUGAUUGAUCUUUCUCUUAACAAUCUGUCCGGUGGUAUUCCUUCUUGUUUAAAAGUUUCUGCAAUGAACUACGUAACCGAGGAAUAUAUUUGGUAUUAUUAUAGUCGUUAUGACAUAGAUAGCGCGAAGUCCAUUGAAGUACCAAUAGAAUACACAGUAAAGAGCAGAUCCUACCAUUAUAGGAGAAGAAUCCUUCAAUACAUGUCUGGAAUUGAUCUCUCCUGCAACAAGCUUACCGGUGAGAUUAGUUUUGAAACAAGAAACAUUAUGAAGCUUUUUACAUUGAACCUUUCUCGCAAUAGUUUGACCGGACCGAUCCCACAAGUGUUUUCUAACCUAAAGGACCUGGAAAGUCUAGAUCUUUCCUACAACAAUUUAACAGGGAACAUUCCUGUCGAGUUUGCGGUGUUACAUUUCUUGCAAUACUUUAAUGUGUCGUACAACAAUUUAUCUGGAAAAACACCUGACAGAAUAGGACAGUUGGGAACAUUUGAUGAAAGCAGCUACGUUGGGAAUCCUUUUCUUUGUGGGUCAUUGGUGGGAAAGAAUUGUUCACCGGUCGCAACACCAUUGACACCACCGAAGGCUUCAGCUGGCGACACAGAAGACCAUGGUUUCAUUGAUAUGGAUACCUUCUAUGCAAGCUUCUUCGCAUGUUAUGUGAUGGUGCUAUUGUGUAUCGCAGCUGUGCUGUACAUAAAUCCUUAUUGGAGGCAAGCAUGGUUUUACUAUAUACAAAUGGCCAUUGAGUCCUGCUACUAUUUUGUGGUAGAUAAUUUCCCCAGAAAAUUUUGUAGCGGAAACAUGUAGUAAAGCAAUUGCAAUUUUCGAUAAAAAAAAGUUUACAAGGGGUAUAAAACUGUCGAUUGAAAAGCCAUGGAGUAACUGUGUUAAGACAUGGAUUUAAAGUGCUUUUUUUGUAACGAAUUAUAAAAACUCCCACAAUCCA